CGCCGAUAUUUAUUUUUUUGUAAACCGGAAUGGUAUGAUCGGCGGCGUGGAAGCAUUGGAAGAAGUCAGAAACAAUUUAAACAAAUAGCUGUAUCGAACGCCAGCGCUUCAAGAUGAAUAGUGAUUCAGACAAUUCCAUAAGUGAGAAGGAGGUUCCUGAAAAAUCUUCAGCCAACCUCAAAUUGACAGAAAUUUUGGAAAAGUAUCACAUAAUAUUCAAGAAAUCCCAAGUUCCUAAAAUAAAAGAAAAAAAAAAGAAGCAUACAAAGAAAUUUAUCAAAAAAUAUAUUGUACAAAUUGUUAAAAAUAUAAGUGAACAACAGCUGAAAAGAAAAAUUCAAAAUAUGAAAACAGAGGUAAAGAAAAAGACCGACAUAAGUGCAACUGGAAAUAAAAAUAUUAUUUUGAACUUGUGGGAGAGGCAACUGUUGACGUUGGUGGAAGGAAAAGAAAAACCCAGUUUUUCAAAAGAUACCAGAGGACAUGGCACAUAUGAAGAAGAUGGCGAUUUAAAAGCUUCAGUGGCAGGUGUGAAGGAACAAGUUAAUAAACUAAUUUCAGUAAGACCAUUGAAAAGUCGCUAUGAUGGCCAAGUGGGUGAGGUUUUGGUGGGCAGAAUAAUGGAAGUGCAACAGAAACGUUGGAAGGUAGAUACUAAUGCUAGACUGGACUCAGCCUUAUUGAUAUCGUCAGUUAACUUACCUGGGGGAGAGCUGAGGAAAAGAUCGCUACAAGAUCAGCACAGUAUGAGACAGUAUCUUCAGGAAGGCGACUUAAUUAGUGCAGAAGUUCAAAGUAUUUUUGUUGAUGGUACUUUAUCUUUGCAUACUAGAAGUUUACGGUACGGAAAGUUAGCGCAAGGAAUAUUAGUAAAAGUUUUCCCAUCUCUAAUAAAAAAAACCAAACUCCAUUAUCACAAUUUACCAUUUGGUGUUGGCAUCAUACUUGGCAAUAAUGGCUAUGUUUGGAUAAGCCCCCCAGUUAGUACUACUGAGUUAGAAGGAAAUGAGGGUGGGUUUGUACAAAACCUAGAAGAAGUUAUACCUAGAGACAUCAGAGAAGCAAUGGCCAGAGUCAGAAAUUGCAUUUUGGCCUUGGCUCAGAGUUACAUGAUGCUCUUUAACACCAGUGUAGUGGUUGCCUAUGAAGAAUCAUUGAAAUAUGCCGUGCAUGAAUUAUUAUUGCCAGAAGUAAUGAUUGAUGUUGCCUUGCUCACUCAGCAAAGGAUGAAUAUGAUGGAAGACUAUGAAUUUUAACAAAUUGUCCAAGAAAUAAAUCUUUUUUUAAAAUAAUGUUUUCUUAUUCGCCUAAUUUAAUUACCUACAAAACAUUAAUUAUUGGUAGAUACUAGUUUAUAAAUAUCCUAAAACUCAAUGGAAAAUUUUCCAAGUAACAUCAGAUAGUAUAUAAUUCAAUGUUUCACCACCCUAAGAAAAGUCGGCCUAAGCGUCUAGAUCAAUCGUCAGUUAAGUCCGUGUUAGUUAAAAAAAAACCUUAGGAUGUUUGUCAAUAUAUUGUUUUUGUGUGGCACAAUCUAAGAUUUUCGCUAACUAACAAGAACUUAACAAACGAUUAAUCUAAUAAUAUUAUUUUGAUUUAUAUUCCAGUAACGUUCCUGAUAAAAUUUCUAUAUUCUGGAUUAACAAUGCGGCUAUAGACUCCUGGACUAGUACCACAGGGUUUAAAUGCCCAAGAAACAAUUCCAUAUUGAAUGCCAUUAACAACGAAAGGUCCUCCCUCGUCACCCUGAUACAAAAAUACAAUUAUUGACUAAGGAUAAAAGUUGACAAAUCUCCUUACACUACAAUGUCCGCUCCCCUUCUUGUAACUGCACAUGUAAUGAAAACUAUCAUAAAUAUCAUAGCCGCCAUAGACAGCUAACUUGUCAGUACAUUCUUCAUCUGAUAAUAGCUGCAAAUCAAGGGUUUUCAGAUAUUGUGUAUAAUUUGUAGAUGAUGCUGAAGUGUUGACACCCCAACCAGCUAUAGCUCCAUCAACAUGAAGUGGUAUAUCUUCAUCAUCGUCCGGCAAUUUUAUAGGUUGCGCAUUAUCAGCAAAUGGAAUUUCUUCUUCG